UGGGUGAGCCGAUUAAAAGAACCAGAGUGUCUUCAUUCAUACCAUUUCUAGACUAGACUCGGUACUCCUUGCUCAGAAGUAAAACAGACUCAACAAAGCAAUAACAGCACAAACAAACGCUCUUUGCACAGAGAAGAUCCCAAAUUCGCAACAAUCUCACUCUCUUUACUGGCCAUGGAGGAUCCUCCGUUGCAGAAGAUCGCGAUUUCGGGCCCCACACUCGCCUCCCUCAUCCAGCGCUUCUCCACCUCCCCCUCUUCCAUCCACGGCCUCCUCUUCGGCCACGUCACCCCUCUCCCUCUCACCCUCUCCGACGACGACACUUCCUCCGCUGCCACCCCCACCCCCACCCUCCUCGCCACCGUCACCGGCUUCCUCACCUCCCCCUCCUUCCACGAUUCCUCCGGCACCGUCCUCCCCUCCUCCCUCCCCAAUUCCCCCCUCCUCGGCUGGUUCUCCGCCCGCCGCCGCUCCCCCCUCCGCCCCUCCAUGCGCGAAUUCUCCGUCACCGCCUCCCUCUCCUCCCUCACCCAAUUCUCCUCCCAAAUCCAAAACCCAAACUCCGAACCCUCUCUUUUUCCUCCUUGCAUCUUCCUCCUCCUCGCCUCCCCCUCCUCCGACAACCACCACUCCCACGUCCACACCCACGAGUACCGCGCCUUCCAGUUCCGCCCCGCGGCCCUCUCCUUCGAGCCCCGCUCCCUCGACGUCGUCAACAUCGGUCCCGCCUUCCGCGGCCACUACGGCGCCUUCAGCCCCAAUUCCAACCUUCCGCCGCUCGACUGCGGGCCCCACGGCUCCCCGAUGAUGAUGAGCGAAGGUGGCGACGAGGUUCUGGGAAAAAUGAAGCAGGCCGCCAAGGACCAGAGGGAGCUCGACAAAUGCGCUGAGGGGUUUGAGAUUGGGAGGCUCAGCAGAAUGAUGGGGUCUGAGGCCAGGAGCUGCACCGAGGGUUUGGAGGAGUUGUAUCAGAAGAUGCUUGUGAAAAUUGAGAACUUGACUGGUUUGGUGGAGAAGAGUUCUGCUAUGGUUCUUGAGCAGGAAAAUCAUAAUAGGAAGUUGAAACACAAAAUUUUAAGAUCUGCUGCCUCAGAAUAACUACCUUUAUCAACGGUGGUGAUCCCUUCUUUUUUUGUUCAGAGAUGAUUAGCAACGGACAUUAUCAGCGUUCUGUGCCUGAUCUGGAUCAACAGUUUCUUCUGGGCACUUGAAAAAUGAGUAUGCCUUGUUGGACCUUUCGGUGGGCCUGUGGUAUAUGCAGUCAAGCUAUUCUAGAUGAUGUAUUUUACUUUUUGACGACUCUUCAAUCGGAAGAAGGUAGUAAUUGUGCAGAGCAGUUGAAUGAUGUGAUCCUUCUCAAUACAAGAACGAUCUGAUGUUUUUUGAUCCUCACCCUGUGGCAUAUAUUCGCUUCAUGUAACGAUAUGCCAACUCUAUUCUGUACUGUAUUUUCACCUUUAGUUGUUGCUAUGUUGUUUUCACAAGGUUACUUUACGAGAGAAAUGAAAUCAAAAGCCUUGCGGUAUUGUUAAUGGUUGCAAACUUAUCUUUCUACUCCUAGUAUAAGACGUUUCUGAAAUGCCUACCUAUGAAAACUAUCCUUUACGAGCAGAAAUUCUGUUGGGUGCUUGCCAAGUUAUUGGUUAAUAAUUUCGAUUGGUUAGUGGA